AUGGCGGUGGAUCUGUUCCUGCUAGCCGUCGUGAUUAUCAUUGCGGUGGCACUGCUCAUCUGCAACGUCUACAUCCUCGUGUACUUCCAGCACGACGACGACAAAAACACUGCCUACUUUCCCAAAGCACUCGUGAUCUUCGGCCUAUUCUUCGCAGAGGCAACAGUGCUUCUGUUGCCGCUAGAUGUGGCGAAUAACUCGACAGCCAUCGGCUGCGCAGAAGGAUGGAAUUCUGUCUGCGGCAAUAUCAACAUGGAUCUUCUGUGGCUGAUGGUCUUCUUGUCCAUCGUCAUCUUCCUCGUGGUACUGCUCCCGUUCGCGAUCUUCUACUACGAAGCGGACGACGGCGAGGACACGUCGAAGAAAAGUCAAUGGGGAGAGGCAAUUAAGAUGGAACUUGGCACAAUCUUCGUCGCUGUAGCGUUGAUCACCGUGCUGUAUUUCACGUCCGCUAAGAGCAGCAUCCCCAUGCGAGCACUGGAAGUGAACGCCAUGUCGGCCACCGAGGGAUUCCAGCCAUACGUUGACGGUACCACUCUGUCCAGCACCAUCGUCACCGCAGCCAGCAACGUCACCAUGCAGCAUAUAACGCUGACGAUGGAUGUGUCAGUGCCCGUGUACGUCACGGGGCUCACGAGUUUUGUGGGCUGGUUCGGCUUCUCCAUUUUCUGCGGCAUCGGACUCGUCGCGUUGCCCAUGGAUCUGAUCCUUGCCUUUUUCCAUCGCCCGAAGUUCAUCAGUGCCGACGUGUACGCAAUUCAAAAGCUGAUUCUACAACGUCGAUCGGUGGAGUUGCUGGAGAUCGGUCGCUCCAUUAAACAGAGUACGGACCGCCCCGGCCACGGCCAGAGCUCCUGGGAACGCAAGAAACAACGUCGCCUGGAUUUCGUGACGCUCAACAAGUUCAAACAGUCCGUCUAUUUACUCGAAGGUGACGUGGUGGACCUGAAACUCUGUCACGAAGAAUACCGGAACUUCAAUCCACUGAAGCCAAUUUUCAAGCUUCUUCUGGGGUGCAUCGCCAGUGUCAUUAGCUGCAUGUGGUUCUUCCACAUCGCGCUCUACAUGCUGCCGAACACGCCGCUAUUGCCGUUCCUCAACACCUACUUCAUCUGGUUCGACCGCUGGUUCCCGCUGUUUGGCACAAUCUCAGUCGGCAUCUUCAGCUCCUACCUGCUAGCGUGUGCAGUCAAAGGCUGCUUCAAGUUUGGUAUGCGCUGCUUCUGCAUCGCGUUGCACCCUAUGAAGCUCCACGGGACGUACAUGAACUCGUUGAUAUUCAAUCUCGGCUUGGUUCUGCUCUGCGCCAUCCCGUCGGUGCAGUUCUGCGACCAAGCGUUCGCUGAGUACGACCGCCUCACAGCCUUGCGGACUCUUAUGGGCGUACAGAUCCACUACUUGAAAGGCAUGCGCACGAUCUGGGACUACAAUAUUUUCGUCUACGCGAUCCUCAUCAUCAGUUUGAUCACUGCCGGUAUUCUCCUGGCCAAACCUAGAGACCGCGCGUCACCUGUGGACGAUAUCCGCAAGAGAAUCGAGCGUCAGGUUCGUGACACUGCGAAUGCCAACGCUGUCUAG